CGCUACCAAGACUUUGGGCUCGGCUGGGGCCUAGUUUUGCUUUUGUACCCGGGAGGCGCUCGGCGGAGUCGGUGGCCAUGGAGAUCGGCACCGAGAUCAGCCGCAAGAUUCGGAGUGCUAUAAAGGGAAAACUACAGGAACUGGGAGCAUAUGUUGAUGAAGAGCUUCCUGAUUAUAUCAUGGUCAUGGUGGCUAACAAGAAAAGCCAGGAACAGAUGACAGAGGAUCUUUCCCUCUUUCUAGGAAACAAUACUGUGAGAUUUACUGUAUGGCUUCAUGGUGUGUUAGACAAACUCCGGUCUGUAACUACAGAGCCUCCCAGCCUAAAAACCUCAGAGUCGAACAUUUUUGAGCAUAGCAUGUCUUCUGGCAAAAGCAUUUCAGUUGGGACUGAGGAGAGGAGGGGAGAAGAAAUCCUUCAGCCUCUUGCAGUCUCAAGUUCUCGUCCAGAAAGGACUGACACCAGAGUUUCAACUAGCUCCCAGGACCAGAGAGGUGUUGCCUCCCGGCAGUCUUCCCAAGAUGGCUCCACCUCGCUUUUGAUGUCCACUGUGAAACCUCUAAGGGAACUGUCCCCCUUGGAAGCUGUAAUUGACAUUAAACCUGAACCAGAUGAUCUCAUUGAUGAAGACUUCAAUUUUGUGCAGGAGAAUCGGUUGCCUCGGAAGAAGCCUCUUGUCACAGUAACUUACGGCUCUUCCCGCCCAUCUGUUGAAAUCUACCGGCCGCCAGCUAGUCGAAACUCAGAAGGCAGUGUUCAUUUGCAGAGGCUGCCACAACACAGCAGUGUACAGACUGGCAAGCAGUUCGAGACACAGGGCAGCAGGUCAUUGGAAGCCAUCCCACUCUGUGAUCCAGACGUGUUUGGCAGCUUGGCUGAGAGUUACAGGCCCCCUCCUAAAGGGAACACUGAUAAAAUUAGCAGUGAAGAUGAAAAUUCCAGAAAAAGGAAGCUUCCGGUUGUGAGCUCAGUGGUCCGAGUGAAACGGUUCAGUAACGAAGGGGGGGAGGAGGAGGAGGAAGAAGAGGAGGAAGACUAUGGCCUGCGACUGGGAGGCAUUUCCAGCAGUGUGUCUGUACCUGCAAAGCCUGAAAGAAGACCUUCACUGCCACCUUCCAAACAAGCCAAUAAGAAUUUAAUAUUGAAAGCAAUAUCUGAAGCUCAGGAAUCAGUAACAAAGACAACCAAUUAUGCUACAGUCCCACCAAAGCAGACAGUUCCCGUGGCUCCCAGAACACGGACUUCCCAUGACGAAGCCCUCCUCGAAAUGAUGAACACCCAGAACCGGCCGUCCAGAGUGGAAACACAGAUACAGGAAGGCGAGCCAAAGGACCAGGCAUUGGGGAGAGUUCCAGGAACCCAACAAAGGCAGCUGUUCUCCCGCCUCCAAAUUGAACCAAGCAUCGAAGCAAUGUUGCAAAAGACCCCAGAUUAUUAUGACUUGGAAUCAAUGGUCCACACAGACACCAGAUCAUUUAUCCUGAAGAAGCCGAAGCUGGCUGAGGAGGUUGUGGUGCCACAGAACCUGGAAGUGGGGAAGAGAACUGCAGAGGCCUUACAGACACUUUCAGGACGACUUAUACAGACACGAGAGCAGCUUGUUCAGCCUGAAAAGCCAGCCAGUCCCAAGUUCAUAGUCACCUUGGAUGGCGUGCCCAGCCCUCCCGGGUACUUAUCGGAUCAAGAGGAGGAGGAAAUGAGCCUUAUGGAAGGAGUCAGACCAGUCCCCCCCAAAGCUUCAGCCAGGAAGGGCUUGAGAAGCCUCCGAGCGCAGCAGAUGCACAUUAUCUCCCGACAGCUGGAGAGCACUGAUGUAGAGAUGGAGGAGUUGGCUAUCUUACAGAAAGCAGAGAAAGUCCCCGAGCGCUGCAAGUACUGGCCUGCCUGCAAAAAUGGAGAUGAAUGUGCCUUCCAUCACCCCACACUACCAUGCAAAGUUUUUCCCAGUUGCAAAUUUGCUGACAAGUGCUUAUUCAUCCAUCCAAACUGCAAAUAUGAUGCCAAGUGCAGUAAGCCAGACUGUCCUUACACCCAUGCUAGCCGACGGACUCCAUUGCCACCUUCAAAACCAGCACCCCCUCCAGUACCACCAGCAUCUUCCACCAGCCAGCUUUGCCGAUUUUUUCCUGCAUGUAAGAAAAUGGAAUGUCCCUUCUAUCAUCCAAAACACUGUCGGUUUAACACUCAGUGUACCAGAGCAGAUUGCACAUUCUACCAUCCCUCUGUUUCUGUACCGCCACGUCAUGCCUUGAAAUGGACCCGAACUCAGACCAGUGAAUAAUUUUCACACAACCCAUUACAUUUUCACUGUUGGAAAGACAACCAUUGAUGGAACCAAGAUGCUGUAAAAGUUACAUCACAUAUGCCAAGCCUUGAAUAUAUAUUGUUUCAUAAAAUGAAGUUGAUUGUAUACUUGAAACAUGUACUUUACAAAACUUGUAUAUUUAAUAACUGAUUUUACAUAUUUCUAAUUGUAAAGCGAUGUCUGUGUAGGGAAGAGAAUUUUGAUUUAACCUUAAUUAAAACAUCAAGGCAUGGAUUUUUAUCCUAACGUUGAGCUACCUUCUUUCUUGUUUUGGUCAACAACAUAAAGUCCAUUAGGGACCAUUCAGCCCACAGCCGGAAGAGAUUUCAUUGUAUAUUUCAAUGAAAUUAUUUGAGAAGUGGCUGAUACAUGCUUGUAGGGAAACAUCUUCAGAUGAGUAUUCUCUUCGAGUUUUUCCCUAUAUUUCUUUCCAGAAAAAGAUAAGAACGCUCCUAAAAGUAUACAUACUAAGUUUUGAGAGAGAUCUGACAUAUGUGAUUAUGUUGCUGUUUCUAACUGAAAUGGGAUGGAGCAUAUGUAAUAUGCCUCUUUCUCAGCUGCAAAUAAGAGAUCAGACAUGUUUGCGCACUUUUCCCCUGCAGACUUCCUCUACUAUGGAGUUAAUUUCCCUCUUCCACUCUGAAUAAAUCUGAUAUAUAAAGAGAGACAUCUGUUAGUAUUGAAGUUAACCAAAGUUCAAGUAGUUGAGAUACUUUCCUAACCUUGAUUUCUCACCAGAGUUCCAGGUUCAGUAACAAACCAUGGUUAAGUUGGAAUGUAAUUAUAGUAGCAUAGGUGCUGAUGUAACCCUUUAAAUGUAUGCAUAGAGGGUUGGUGGGAGAAAUUUGUUCUGGGAAGAAAAGGAGCUACACAGAGGGAACAUGUGAUCUUUCAAUACAUAUCUAGUCUCCUAGCUAAACUUAAAGGAGCAUCUUCAGUGCAGUGAAAUUGUAUAGCCCGUUUUGGGAACAAAGGCGUACAAGGGGUUCUGUUGCAAACUCCUCCAUUGCAAUAUACAUUAUCCCUGAAACUUUUAGUUGUCAUGCUAUAAACACAUUGAUCGUGAAUCUGAAGGGCAGGGAUUAGUAUUCUUUUAGGACUUGGGAUUUAGUUCAAAAUUUGCAGUUCAUGCGUUUUGAAUAAUGUAAGAUUAAGCAGUAACAUGAAUGCACUUUUUUAUUAAAUCUUUUGUAUCUUUUGGGGAACUACAUUUUCACAAAAAUAUACAAAAGAUAAUAUUUUGUACAAAUAUUUACAUUAAAUAUCAGAAAACAAAUUUAACUCCACAUUUUAAAGUCAGAUGUGACAAAUAUAUUCUUGAAUUCUGAAAUUUAAAUAUACCAGGAAAUCAGUUUGAAAUCUUUAAUUUUGCAGAUAAUGUACAAAGUUCAGUUCAUAUUUAUUUUUAAAAAAACAACAAAGAAAUGCAGUUUAUGCAAAAAAAAAAAGGCUGAAUUGAUAUACUUUUUAAAAUAACAGACUAUAGGAUUGUAUGAUCACAAGAAUUAGCUCUUUAUGAUGAAAACCCCAAAAGGGACACAUUGGAAACCCAAGAUCUUUAUUACAGUAUCAAAUUAAGAUAUACCUUUGGACUAGUCUGAUGUAAGGAUUUUUUUUUUUUGGUUAAAGCAUGGAGGCUUAUCUGAUAAACACUCUAGACUGAGAUUAAAUAGAUACAGAAAGUAAAUCAACAAUUGCAAAUCUAAUGAAAUCAUAUAGUCAAACAGACAAAGAGACUAAGGGGCAUAAGAAUUUUUCCUUUAUUAGGAAUAAUAAGAAAAUGUUUUCAGCAAAUAGAAGUUUUUAUUUUUGGAUUAAUAAAAGUAAGUAAGGUGGGGCUUUUGAAAACAAAUGUUUCCAGUUGCAGUCUUGUUUCACUGUCUUAUAGAGAAGCUUUCAAAGAGGAGGAGGCAGGUUUUUUUCCAGGGAGGAUAAUACAGUGUACAGACUGGCCGUUUUGCUGGGCUGUGUGGAUUGUAGAGCAGUCUUGCAGUUAAGCCCCUUAUGGCAGAACCUGGCUUAAGCAGCUUGCAUUUACAUCUGUGUCCUCUUUUCUGCCAUUGCCAGCUCUCACUAGUCCGGUAUGCAUUCCGACUAUAACGUUAGCUCUCAAAGAGAAGGGCUUGUUCAAAGCCCAUCUUACACAAGCGAAGUACUAUUAUUCCCUGCCCCAAUCUCUCUUAACCGCACAGUAGGUAUCCAGUGCAUGUAGUCAGCAGGGUGAGUCAGUUCAAUGUGUGGUGAUGUUUCUGGUAAGCAUCUGGAUCAUAUUUCUGUCCUAAUGGGAUUAUCUGGAGAUUCAUAUUUAUAUAAAAGUGCACCGAAAAAAUUCAUUUACCCAUAUUAAGACUGUAUUUGAGAACCCACCUAACCAGUAGCUAGAUGAAGCUUUGCAUUUAACCAGCAGAUUAUUUAAAUUACAGCAGCUGCCUCAAGUCCAAAAGGAGUGAGAUGCCAGAAUAUUUGUAGUAAAAGAAAAACAGGCUCAGAAAUGUGGAAAUUAUUUGAUAGUGCCAAUGUUUUCCAGAAAUAAACAGAGAAGCAAAGUCAUUCAGUCUGUGCAAGAUUUCAUGCAUUGGGUUUUUGGAUAAGAACUAAAACCAAUUGCAAGAUACACUGUACUCUACAAUUGUGUAUCUACCAAUCACAUAUGGAGGGAAGGUAAAUUCUGUUCCCCACGGAUACAAACAAACAUUCUGAAACUAGUCUUUAUGCUAAGUACAAGUUAAUUAGAGCUCCACAUCAGAUUCUUUUAGGCAAUAUUUAGUAAUAGAGUAUCUCUAUAUUUAACAUUGUCUGUAACUUGCUUUCAUUUGAAAAAAAAAUUGUUGGCUAAUGGUUGGUUAAUGCUAAAGAAUCUAUGAAGGCAGGUGUUUCUAAAAUAGCUGCUGUACCUUUUCUGCAAGCUAAAAUGUAUCCUCAGUAAGUGUGCCAUAUUUCCAGCUAGUGUAUGGGGUAGAGUCAAGCUGGUCUCAGCAUAAAUGUGGUUACCUGAAAGCAAUAGUUCUUGGGAAAGUGAUGUACACCUCCCCGGCAAGGUACAAACAGUUGCCAGGGGAAGUACAAGUACUGCACAGGCUUGUUGCGAGCCUGAUCCUCCUGGUCUGUGCAAUGUAGAAAAUUGUGUAUUCCCCAGCCUGCACUAUUUGUAAUUGUUUGGGAUCUCUUUCUAACAAACUUUCAUUUCUCCCUCAGGACAUCUUAAAUGUCCCCCUGCCUGGUCCUCCUGUGUAUUUAAGUCAUAAAUCAGGAACAAGUCAACAUUGGUAGUGUGCUUAGAAGAGUUUCAGAAUUGUAUUCAUGUUUGUAUGUUUUGAGAACUCUUUGAAAAAGAUAGUGGAAAAACUCUCGAAAGGAUAUUCGUUUUCUCACUGUGAAACACUGGUAGAUUGUGGUUGCUCUGAAAAAAAAUGGGCAGCUUCUGUCUGCCUUGAAUAAUACAGCUGUUGCCAGUUAUGGGCUAGACAGUUCCUGGCUUCUGAAAACCAGAGUUUUGGAAUGUGUACUGCUGGAGAAUUUACUAGACAAUUAGGACUUUUGAGGCAGCUCUGGGGAGCCUACCUGCAAAACUCUUCCAUGACAUGAAAAAAAAAUCCCACCAAAUCCUUAUAUGGAACAAUUGGCCAUAAAAUCUACCUCCCUUAUUUAGCAUGCUACAUAGUAAAAGUAUUAAAAUCAGUUCUUUUUCUUCAUGAUAUCGAAUACAGAAAAUGCUUGGAGAGGAAAAAUUAGGUAUCCAAGUUAAGGGAAGUUAGUAUGCAACUAAAAUCAUCCAUAGAAUACAUAAACAAAUGAAGCUCUACCAAUAUUUCUCAAACGAGGUCUGUUGUAAGGACAGAGGAAAUCACUUCUUGUGCUCAUCUGACAAAUGUAAAAUCAGUGCCCCCUCUGUUUUCUAAGAAUGAGGUCAGGAACCCUCCACACCUCCAAUCAAACUUUACGGUAAUCUCAGUGCGCUAGCUAGACAGCACAGUUUAGUUGCAGGAAACCAGUGGUUUAUCUUAGGGACUCUAAUUGGUUGAACACCAUCAAAUAUGGUAGACUUAGCAUAGUUAUUUUGUUAUUUCUGGUUUAAAGUUUAACUGGUUUUAAUUCUAUUUUCUACACAAAGGCUUUCAGCAUAGAGAUAGCAGUUUGCAUCCAUAGACAGAGGCCUUGGUGGCCAUCAUAAAUCAAUCACUUACUCAGGGCACCUUCACCACUUAUAGAGGCAGUUAUCCAUCCACCUCUUUAAAAAAUCCCUAUAGAAACAUGACAUGACUAAUUAUUGCCCAGUUACUAAUCUGCCUUUUUGGGUAAAGUAGUUGACAGAGUGGAGGUGGAUCAACUCCUAGUCUUGACUAACUCAUCUUUUCUGAACCCCUUUCAGUUUGGUUUCAGGCCAGGCUAAGGGAUAAAGAUGGGACUGAUGGCUUUUGUUGAUGAUCUCCAUCUGAAUGUAGACAAAGACCAUGUCUUGUUGCUUCUGCUGGAUUUAUCACAAUGGACCGUGCCAUUUUGUCAGGACAUUUAAUAGAUAUCGGGGAGGUGUUUUGAACUGGUUUAAAUGGUUUCUUAUGGACUAAAGGGUUGCCAUCAUAGACCAGUUAUCAGGGUAGGAUUUGUCCUGUCCUCGGUGCAGAACUAUCCCUCAUAAUCAAUCUCCAUAUGAAACCUUGAGGAGCUACCCUACCUUGACUCAGCUAAUCUGGCCACCCACAUCCAUGUCAUGGUAAGAUCAAGACUAGACUAUUGGAAUAUUCUCUACAUAUUUCUGGCCUUGAAGACAAAUUGGAGACUUUAGUUCUUAUUGAAUACUGCAGCUUAGUUAGUAUUGGGAUCUAGCCAUAUCAUGCACAUUACACCCAUUCUGCAGUCACUCCACUGGCUGCCCAUCAGUUAAAAGAGACUGAUUAUAAUACAGAAAGCUCUUCAUAGCCUUGGUUCUCACAGCUGCAGGCCCACUUCAUCUGCUAUGCUCUGCCGUGACAGAUCCGCUUAUCUGAGCAGGAUCAUCUGUGGGUGCCAUCCUACAAAUGGACAAGAUCAGCAACAUCCCAUAAACAUGCAUUCGCUGUUGCGGUCCCAACCUUGUAGAAGGGUCUGUAUGAGGUAGUCAGGAAGGCUCCCAUAUUUCCCUCAUUGUCCAAACUAUGUAAAACAAUUGUUCAGGAGGGCAUUUUUUAUACAGAUAAUAGGGCUAUAUUAUUACAAAAUGGUUCAGGAAGGCACUUUUAUAAAAGGAACAGGACUGUGAACUAUACCAGCAUGUACAGUAUAUAUUAUUUGUUUGCUAUAUGUAUUGUCCCAACUUUCACUGCUUUUUAAAAAUACUUACAUAAUACCAUUUUCUGCAUUGUUUAAUUUAUGUCUAAUACUCUAUGCUUUGUUUCAAACUGCUGUAAUCCUAGUCCUGUGUUUAUAAAAUUGCAUUGAUUUACACUGGGUAAUCUGCCUUGACUCAGUUAAAAAGGUGGACUGCAAAUUAAGUAAAUAAAUAAAUAGCCAGUUGUGCUUUUCAACUGAAUAUUGAAAAUUCA